UCGAACACGAGAUUCCGCCCGCCCUACCGCUCCGCUACCGGCAUGCUCGGUGCAUCAGCUGUCAUUCAGACCGCCAAUUCAAACCGGAUUACCAUUGGAAAUUCACAAACUCGAGGAUUUAUAUCCGGAACGAGAUUCAAAGCGAUGUAUAUGUCGGAAUACGCCGAUUUGCCUGCGCUUUUUUGAUAUACAGAAACCCCGGAGGAGUAACGCUGGGACAUCCUUCCAGCUCAUCACCAUGAACCGGAGCUCUGAAUGCCGCUAUAGCGAGCGAAUGAGGGAUCAAUUCUGAAGCUUACUCCAAAACAUAUCACACCGAUUGCUGAAGUAAAGAGGCUCAAAAGAUAAUAAAUAACUCAGUAGACGUAUUCGGAAACUUAUCUCAAUGCACAUCUGGCACGCAUCUUGACUGAAAACAGGCGCCGCUCAGAUCGCGUGAUCGGCUGGCUCACGCUCACAGACUUUAGUUUAAACUGCUUUACCAACCAGUAGUCUGGAGUUCAGUGACAUGCAUGAGCGGGGAUCGUUCGUGUCUCCGUUGCUCAGUGGUGUUUUCUGCCAGUGCCGCUCGGAGGAGUAUCAGGGCUCGGAUCCGGGAGGUGGUGGUGACCGGACUAUGGGCUCCACGCUGGCCGCCGCAACAUCACUUUCCGAGCACCGCCAUGAUGAGUCCUGCGACUCCCCGCAUCACUGCCCGGUGUGCGGCGGACCCGAGCAGGAGCAUCGGCUCAAGGUGCUUUUCCAGAUCUUGGAUGUCAACAGAGACGGGGGCAUCUGUGUCAACGAUCUGACCAUCGGACUGAAAAAGUUGGGAGUCCAUCGCACUGAACAUGAACUCAUGGUCAGAUCACGCUGAUAGAGAGGACAGACUUAGGAAAAACUUAAUGCAACACAUUUUGUUUAUAAAUCACUAUUUAUUAAA